AUAAAUAGUAACGUGACCAAAGUAAGAUGGCUGAACUGUUCGUGUCCAUUUUGACUCGUUUUCAUUCGUGCUAGAGAAGUCGCGUUUUUGUCAAUUUUUUGUAGUGUUUGUGACCAUUUCAAUUGGUCUCGUGAUUGCUACAAAUUUCAAUUAUUUACGGUUUUGAAGAUGCCAGUAGCAGACGUAAAAUCCAGUUGGGCUGAUGAGGUAGAGGAGGAAGUAGGAGCAUUGCCUCCACCUUCGGAGACUUAUGACAAUGGAUUUAAAAUUCUCACGGAAUAUAAAUAUAAUCAAGAUAAUAAGAAGGUCAAAGUUGUUCGUACAUACAAGAUUGAGAGACGUAUAGUAUCGAAGACAAUUGCUGUGCGAAAAAAUUGGGCUAAAUUUGGAGAUUCUGCGGAUGACCGGCCUGGACCAAAUCCUGCUACUACAGUUGGUGGUGAAGACAUUUUCAUGCAAUUCAUUUCCAGCAAAGAAGAAGAAAAUAAGGUUGAAGAAGACAGUCUUGAUAAAUUGAAGAAUAUGGGUGAUAAAGGUGUUGUCAAGUGUCGUAAUUGUAAUGGAGACCAUUGGACUUCAAAAUGUCCAUACAAAGAUACUGUUCUUGCUGGAGGAAAAGUACCAGAUGAUAAGAAACCACUUGUUACUCCUGGUGCUCCUGGUGCUAUGGCAGAAUUGAAACCUCAAAGUGGCAAAUAUGUACCACCUGGUAUGCGCGAAGGGGGCAAUAAACGCGGGGAUUCUAUGCAAAUGCAAAGACGUGAAGACAUUACUACUAUUCGUAUCUCCAAUUUAUCAGAGAGUACUACAGACGCUGACUUGGAUGAGCUUGUCAAGCCAUUUGGAUGUGUUCUUAAAUUUUAUCUUCCAAAAGACAAACAGACCAAUCUUUGCAAAGGUUUCGCAUAUGUGCAUUUCAAGUAUAGAGUGGAUGCUGCGAAAGCUAUUGCUACGCUCAAUGGUUAUGGUUACGACCAUCUCAUUUUGAACGUGGAUUGGUCAAAGCCACAAACACAAAAUAAUUAAAAUUAUAAUGUAAGAAAUUAAAUUUUUAUUACUUGGAUUCUACAGCAUGUAACAGAAUGGGGGAGUCUAUUAGAACUAUUUUGUGAUUGUGACAUCAAAAGCAGAAAAACAAAGCAUUUGAUUUCAUUUAGUAAUGCUUCAAAACGUAAAAGUUAGUAUAGUAAGACAUACUAAACGGUAACUAAACGAAUGUUGAUAGCUUUACUAAUGUUUAAAUUCGAUCAAUUUACAAAACAGUUUCUCUGCUUUUAGUGUCACAAUUUACUGUCAAUUUUGAUUCACAAAAAUCUAUUUCAUUCGCUAUUGGAAAAAAUCGACGAUGUACCCAUUAAACUGUAAGUUGUAUUCCUAGCAUCUAAUUAAAAAUAGAUCAUAUGCUAUAAUAUGUCGUAUUUAUUAACUGAAUACUAACAACUCAGGUCAGCACAGAGAAUAUUGGUAAUGUUUAAUAGUUUUAAAUAGCUGAGGGCGUUGAUCAUAUUUUUAUCAAAUUAGUUCAGCUCAUUCACUGUUAGAUGGUUAUAUUAUUUGAGUUUGAGUUUAUUUAAGGUGUGCAAAAGAAAAUUCCUUGCAUUGCACCUAUCAGAUACAUCCUUUUUGAAAUACAUAUUUCCGUUUGCUGAAUACAUAAUACAAGAUACAAAAAUAUUAAGUUUACAAUGUUCUUAUUCUAUGCCUUAUUGCUAAAUAUCUGUAUAACUGUGAUUUUAUAUUAUCUAAAUCAUUGUUCGUUCUUCUUAUUCUUAUCAUUCUUUAAGGUUAACAAUUCAUUUAUUCUUAAAGUCUCUCUUUUCGUGAUAUCACAUUUUAGCAGGUACUGUUAGUAUGCUACUUUAUACGCCACUACUUUAGACACAUAACUUGCUCUUACACUAGAAUAAUACUGACUUGAACUUACAGAAAAAAAGAACAACUGGAGCAUAACCAUUUAUAAAAAGAGCUGCGCUUACAUCAUCGUAAAGGAAACUUAAAUUUAAUAUAAAACAAUACAAUUUAUAAGUAUUAUAUUAUUGUGAUUACCAGCGCAAUAUUAUACUCUAUGGUUUUAAUAUUUUGGCAUAUUUAUCUUUUCACUUAUAUUGUCCAUCACAAUGUUUCUAUAUAAUUAAUAUCUAAUUCUAUGUUUCUUCACGGCUCUUAGGAACUUCGUUGUUGCUUUUCCUUUUUUUGGUUAUUAAUUACUUAUUUAAAUUAAAA